CUUUCUAUGUAAUAUAGACACGGCUAAACUUUACGUUUAAUUAUUAACUGGUCAAGAACCAUUUGCGUAAUGUGCAGUUUCAUUAAAAUGUUAGCAACAAUUAUUUCAUCUUGCUUUGAUCUACGUAACUUUCUACUUUCAAAUCAAACCGAUGUCAGUAACUUGAUUGCUAUAUCAUAACCUUAUUACAUUUUCACGAUAAUCGCUACUGUUUUAGUUUUAGUUUACAAAAGCUUUUGCAACACUGUAUGUAUUCAUGGUGAAUACAUACAGUUUUGCAAGAGUUUAAAAACAAAGGAAAAGUCUACUUGGGUAUUCCUAAAAGUGGUCGCGGUCGGCUCACGAGUGCUUUUCAUUACAAAGUUUAAGUCACAGUUCAAGUGGGGUUUCGAAAAGAUGGUCGUAACUAAAGCUGGUUUCUUACGAGAGGCGUCGCAAGGAGAGCUUCGGCUGUACUUGCUUGUUGUUUGACUCAUCAGGUAUGACACAAUAAUCACCCUUUUACUCUCUCCUUCUCUUUUCCAUAAGGUUAUUCUAUAACCAAAAGCAUUGUUCUUUCAAUCACACACUCUUUGUAGGUCAGAGCACCGCUGCGGUAAGUGUGACAUCGUUCAGGGCAACAACAACUGUGGAAUCGUCCGGUGCAACACUUAAUGUGGGAUCGCCUAGCGGUGAAAUAAGUAGGGAGUCGUCCAGCACAGCAAACACUCUGGAAUCGUCCAGUGCAACAAUCAAUGUGGUAUCGCCCAGCGGCACAAUGGAUGUGCCAUUGUCUUACGUAACAACACGAACAGUAAAUGUGGAAUCGUCCAUCGCAGAAUUUACGUCUGCGGCGUUGGAGUCAGCGUCACAGUGGGUAAACACGCCGCAAGUCAGUACAGCACCCAUCUCGACCACUGAGACUGGCGUGGAAGCAACGAUUGCAUCAACAGUGAAACCAACAGUAACCUCUUCUGUAAAUGGUCAGAGCACCGCUACAGUAAGUGUGGCAUCGUUCAGUGCAACAUCAUUUGUGAAAUCGUUCAGUGCAACACCAAAUGUGGGAUCGCCCAGCGACCAAAUAAGUAGGGAGUCGUCCAGUGCAGCAAGCACUCUGGAAUCGUCCAGUGAAAUCAAUGUGGUAUCGCCCAGCGGCACAAUAGAUGUGCCAUUGUCUUACAUAACAACACGGGCAUUAAAUGCGGGAUCCUCCAUCGCCGCAUCAUUUACGGCUACUGCAUUGCACUCAACGUCACAGUCGGUAAAGACACCGCAAGUAACUACAGCACCCAUUUCAAUCACUGAGACCGGCGUGGAACCAACGAUUGCAUCAACUGUGAAACCAACAAUAACCGCUGCUGUAAAUGGUAAGUGACAGUUAUGAGUGAAUGGUUUCAACUGCACUAAGUUCAGUGGUUAUAUACUGUGGGCUAGACUCCACAGAAAAAAAGAGAAAUUUUGAUUUGCCUAUUUAAGGAAUGGAUAAUUUUAUUCGCGAGUCAGCUAAAACUAACCACGCUUGCCUCUACCAGUCGCUUGAAAAAUUUUAUGAGUGAUGGCAUUGAUUAACACGCCAACUAAUUGCCAAUGAACAUUACUUCUGGUACACACUACUCGCGAGAUCGUUCGGUGGUGUACGCGUAGUACGAUUCGAAGCACGAUUCAUCACAAGGUAGCCAAAGCUCGGAAAAUGUAGAGUGUGCAGAGCCCCUUUACUUUUCAAUGCACGUGAAAGGAAAAGCGAGCCAUUCAUUCAACUUAGUAUUCAUGACAUAGUUA